GUCACAGGAGGGCGGGGCCGGGCAGAGAGCAAGGGGCUGCGGCGCGACGGCGGCUGCGUCCGGGUCGGUCCGGGCCUGGUUCGGCGAUGCUGCAGCUGCGGGACUCGGUGGACUCGGCGGGCACGAGCCCUACGGCGCUGCUGGCGGCCGGCGAGGAGGUGGCGGUGUGCGGCGCGGCCGGCGGCCGGGCAGGAGGAGGGGCGGGCACGCCGCUGCGCCAGACGCUGUGGCCGCUCAGCGUCCACGACCCCACGCGCCGCGCCCGCGUCAAAGAGUACUUCGUGUUCCGGCCCGGCACCAUCGAGCAGGCGGUGGAGGAGAUCCGCGCGGUGGUGCGGCCCGUGGAGGACGGCGAGAUCCAGGGGGUGUGGCUGCUGACCGAGGUGGACCACUGGAACAACGAGAAGGAGCGGCUGGUGUUGGUGACCGACCAGUCCCUGCUCAUCUGCAAAUACGACUUCAUCAGCCUCCAGUGCCAGCAGGUGGUCAGGGUGGCGCUCAGCGCGGUGGACACGAUCUCCUACGGAGAGUUCCAGUUUCCCCCGAAGUCCCUCAACAAGCGAGAAGGCUGUGGGAUUCGCAUCCAGUGGGACAAGCAGAGCCGUCCCUCCUUCAUAAACAGAUGGAAUCCCUGGUCCACAAACGUGCCCUACUCCACUUUCAUCGAGCACCCGAUGGCCGGUGUGGAUGAGAAGACAGCGACUCUGUGCCACCUGGAAAGCUUCAAGGCGCUGUUGAUCCAAGCCGUCAAAAAAGCCCAGAAGGAAAACCCUUUGCCAGGACAGGCGACUGGUGUGCUGGUCUUGGAGCGCCCCCUCCUCAUUGAGACCUACGUGGGGCUGAUGUCCUUCAUCAACAACGAGGCCAAGCUGGGCUACUCCAUGACCCGGGGCAAAAUAGGUUUCUAGGUGGCUGUGCCCGGCACACUCGGCCUUGGGGCAGGGCCAGGGAGCUGGGGCAGCCGAGUGAAUCACAUGUGUUACUAUCUAGACCCCUAGCCGGGCGUGGUGGCGCACGCCUGUAAUCCCAGCACUUGGGAGGCUGAGACAGGAGGAUUGUUGCAAGUUCAAGA